AUGUAUAAUAUUCUCCUACUUGUAAGCAUUAUCGCAGUUAUACAAUCCAAGCUUAAGGUUAUUAGGCCAUCAAACCUGAUUAAUGAGAAAAUUGAUUAUAGCAUAGCCAAUUUUGGAAUUAUACCAUUUGGACAUCGCUUGAUGGGAGCAGUGGAUUUGGCUUAUCCACCAAAUGGAUGUGAUGAGCUAACACCUACUUAUGGAGCUCAAUUUAUUAUGAUUGAGAGAGGAGACUGCACAUUCGUAACUAAGGUUAGGAAUGCUGAGAGGGCUGGGUAUUAAUUGGCAAUUAUUGGGAAUUACAAUGACGAUCCCAUUAAAUCUGACUUUGCUAUGGCUGAUGACGGCCAUGGAUAUUAGGUAUCAAUCCCUUCCAUAUUCAUUACAAAUAAACACUUUACUCUGAUAAGAGAGAGGGCUAAGGUAAACAGAGUGGAGGAUUCAAAUGAUGAGAAGAUCAUGUUGCUUUUAAAAUUCGACGUUGUCAAAUCGGACAAUCUAUCAGUGAUAUUUGGGUUGAACAUUCAAGAUAGAGAAUCCUUCAGAAUCAUUGAUGAAUAUGAACCAUACUACACCCAAUUGAAGGAUCAAAAUAUUAAUUAUACACUCGUCUACUCUAUUAUGAGUUUUAAUAAUGAAGUCGAUGGUGUCUAGCAACCAAAUUCUGAUUGCAUUUGUUAGAAUAAAUAUUGUGCAUUCGAUCCUGAUGGAGCAGCCAUUGGAACUGGCAGAGACGUUGUCUAUGAAGUAUUAAGAUAACUUUGCAUAUUCGAAUUGCACCAAUAGAAAUGGUUUGCUUAUAUGAACCAAUUCAAUUUCAAAUGUACCAAAUCUCAAGCAUACUCUGUGUGUAGUCAAUAGGUGAUGGACAUAUUGGAGAUCCCUAAAAAUGAGAUUCAAUAAUGCUUCGAUACCUCAUUUCUUGAUGUUUAAACUAACUAAUAGACCAGAAACGAAUCUAAUGCAUACAACUACAGAUUAGACCACUAAUUGUACAUCUACAAGGCUGCAGGAAUUAAUGGGUUCCCAUCAGUUCAUGUGAAUUCAUUGGCUUACAGAGGAUAGUUCUCAGGAAGCGGAAUUUUCGGAGAGAUCUGCAACAGUUUUCAAACUACUCCUUCUUAAUGUAGUUCACAAGUUGAAGGAUAUACACCUCCAGUAAUAGAUGAUUCGAUUGCUCUAUAUAUCUUAGUAAUAACUGCUUCUGUUGUGUUCUUCCUAUUGGUUGGUUUUUUCAUAUUCAGAAAGGUGAUUGAGAGGGAUAGUAAGGUGGUCACACAGCCUCAAGUGAAUGAGAUGGUGAGUCAAUACAUUAAGUUUUACGAGGGCAAAGACAAACAAAAGGAAAGUGGAUCUAUUUGA